CCCAACUUUGAGUUCUAACUUACAACCCGUAACUCCCGUAACCCUUGGUCUAACAUCUGAUAAUAAUAUUCCAUAUUCCACAUUCUUAAACGAGUUAAAUGCCCCGUCCUUCAGUCCAGAAUCUACGAACUCGAAUGCAUUUUCUUUGUCUUGGAAUAGUCCUUCCCUUAAUAAUCUCUCUUUUGAUUCGGUUGGGCAAUCAGAGCCCUGGGUUUCUACUCCUGUGCAGUCGGGUUUACCAGCUGGAUUUUUGGAAGAAAUUAAUUUCCCACGUUCUCGCAGCCCAAAUAAUUUCGAAAAUAUUUUGCCUGGUCAUGCAGAACACCCACCAAUAUUGAACCAAAUAAACAAGAAAAUGGAUGGCAUUUUUCAAAACGUUGAUGCGGUGUUGGCAAAUCAACGACUGAUCAUUGAUUGCCUGCAAAACAACGGCUUCUUGAAUCGUCCCAGUACCAGAUCGUCUGUCCCUGAAGCAGCUGAGCAGAAUCGGAUUAAUUUCACUAACCCACCUGACGAAUCCCAACACUAUGGCGCUGAAAAUGCUCAUGUCCAUGGAAGAGAACUCACAAUGGCAGAAUUGGAUGCUCUGAACUUAAAGAAAAAAAGAGGGACAACAGACGCUUAUUUUGCAGUGUUGUUAUUAAAGGAGUAUACAACGCCUGAAGAGCGCAUAAACUGUACUGUGUAUGGAGCGGGGCCCAAAUCAAAAGGAUUAAAUACAAAUACCUUAAUGAAUUAAAAAAGGCUACGAACAUUUUUAUUCGAACGAGUCAUGGGGUGAUGCUAUAAAGGCAAUGAACAAUCACAUGAGAAAGUACUGUUCUGCAAAAGACCCUGAAUAAAAUGUUUCCAGUGGCGUAGCCAGCCCGACAAUUUAGUCCUGCUAUGCAUAUUCAAAAUUAUCAUUAUUCAUUUCUUUAGAAAUUGAUUGUUUUCACAGUCAAUGAA